AAAUUGUUGUUACAGAUUUGCAGACUCGCUAUAUAAGCCUGCUAUCGUAAACUUCUGCAGAAAACAAUUCCGUGAAAUCCAGACGACGUCUGCACCAACUGGAAACCAUGCUCAAAUUUGUCGUGCUCGUGUGUCUUGGAGUGGCAGUCAAUGCGUUACAGUGUCCAGUCUGUUCUGUCAGUGGCGAUCCUACCUCAUGUGAUAAGCCCACAGAUUGUCAUCAGGACCAUGACGUCUGUGAAAUGAUGCUACACUUGAGAGAGCAAAACCGUAUUGAGUUCACAUGUCGUAACAAACCAGCUUGCACUCACCAAGAGGUCCAGGACUGUGACAUCAAUCACCACGAGAGAUGCUCUUUCUGCUGUUCCGGCUACGAAGCUUGCCAGGAAUUGGUACACUCAGUCUUCGGAAAUUUGUUUUCGACUACAACUACCACAACUACCACAACAUCUACUACAACAACAUCGACUACCACAACUACAACAGAGUUGAUUGUAUGUGAAAGUGCCGCUGAUGUACUCUUGAUUCUGGAUUCCUCUGGAAGUAUCGGCAGACCCAACUACGCCCUUCUGUCCAACUUCUCAGCAGAACUGUCCAAAGACUUCCAAAUUGGUCCAGACAAAGUCCAGUUCAGCGCCCUUCUCUUCAGCAGCAACGUCCAGAAUGUCUUUAAUUUCAACACAUACAACAACAACGCUGACGUCGCUCAGGCCCUCCUGAACAUACCUUAUCUCUCAGCCACCACAAACACAGCCGACGCCUUGAACUACGCCAGGACGACAUCCUUCAGCACUGCCAGCGGGGCCAGACCCAAUGUCGGCAAGAUCGCUGUGGUCAUUACAGACGGAAACUCAAACGACCCCGUCCUCACUGCCCAGGCUGCAGCGGCCCUCAAGCAGAGCGGCGUGACCACCAUUGCUGUGGGCGUUGGCACCAAUAUUGCACAAUCUGAGCUGCUGGCUAUCGCCUCGUCCCCUAGCGACGUCUUCAACGUGAACGACUUCUCCGUGCUGGAAGCUAUCAAGAAGGGCCUCGUCCAGACAGCCUGCCACGGUAUUCACUCUGGUUAAGAAAAGAUCUGCCAUCCUGUAAACCCAUCCACAAGAAUACAAAAUUCGUGUCACAGUCUUUUCUUUUCAAUACUGUGAUAAUGACUUUGACUUUUUACAUUGUUUAUUAAAUAAAUUACGUAUACUAAACCUC